CGGUCAAGGCGCUAUAUAAAUGACGAUAAGUUGCGCCCGUUGCAUAUUGCAGAAAUAAUUCAGGCGUGGCGCGAGAGAUGGCGCGGCGGUUUGCACACCGCGCCAUGCUCCCUCAUCUCGGUGCACGGACUGUGCCAUAUAUCUCCACCGUGACCGCUCGUAUCCCUGUGCGCAAUCCACUCACUGCAGACAUCAACCAUGGAUAACUCCUCGCUCGCCUCGUCGCCCAGCUGCGUCAUCUCCUUCUCCAACCUCAACUGCACGCCGACCUCGCUGAAUUCCAAGCACGACCGUGCCGUCGCGGUGUUCACCAUUAGCUUAUUCAUCGCCGUCACCAUCCUCAGCAACCUGCUCAUCGUCAGCGCCGUCGCCCUAUUCAGGCAGCUGCAGACGCGGGCCAACGCCCUCGCCCUGUCGCUGGCCGUGUCCGACCUCCUGGUCGGGGUGGUCAUCAUGCCCCUGUCCCUCACCAAGUCGGUCUACAAGUGCUGGUUCUACGCGCCCCUACUCUGUCACGUGCACUUUUUCUGCGACUACUGGUUCACGACCGCGUCGGUGCUGCACCUGAGCUGCAUCGCCUACGACCGCUACGUGGCCAUCUGCGACCCCCUGCGCUACCAGCAGCGGAUAAACAGGAGGACCCUGGUGUUCAUGCUGCUCUUCUGCUGGCUCUGCUCGGCCCUGCUGUCCACGCCGAUCCUCCUCAGCCUGAGCCCCACGCUGUCGCAGGGAACCAUCGCGAAGAACGGCUGCCCCGACGACUGCCGCUUCUUCAUCAGCGUGGGCAUCCUCUUCGCCAUCGGCAUGUGGCCCUACUUCACGUCCGUGCUCCUCGUCGUGCUCAUGUACGGCCGCAUUUACCGAGUGGCGCGCGGCCAGGCGCGCAAGAUCGCCGCGCUGAGCCGCGCCUCGUCGGGCCUCGGCGGCGGGGAGGAGGCCGGCAGAGCCGCGGCGAGUCGCUGGGCCAGCAUGAGACGGGAGCACAGCGCGGCCAAGACGCUGGGCGCUAUCAUCGCUGCCUUCAUUAUCUCCUGGCUGCCCUACUACAUCAUCGCCAUCGUGCUCACGGUGGACGAGAGCGUCAUUCUGCCCUACAAAGUAUCGGUGUGGUUCGGCUACAUGAACUCGGCAAUCAACCCCAUCCUGUAUGCCACCUUCAACAAGCAGUUCCGGCGCGCGUUCAAGGCCAUUUUGACCUUCAACACGUUCCCGUCAAGAGCCGCAGAUGACGAGAUGAGUUCGACGAAGAAUUAGGUCCACCCCCACCACUACCCACACCUACCCACCAGCCCACCCAUACUCACACACGUAUUUAUGAUACGAUAUUAGUGGAAGAAAAAUAAGUUUUGCUGGCUGGCUUGCUGGAGGCAACGACGGACGAUCAUCUCCACCCAGAGGACGUGCGAGCUGCUCGCGUAUGUCUGUACAAAAAUAACUCAAUGUAUUCGUAAAUAAUAACACUGUGGCAUUAUAUUGCUGUUAAAAUACAUGAUAUGUGACGUUCCGGGCAAUAGCUCUUCUUUAUAAAACAUAUAUAUAUAAGCUCGGGAUGAGACUUAUGAUAGACUGUGUGGGCAGUUGGUGUUUACGGGCAUAAGGCUCGAUCACAAUGGGUCUAAGUUUCACAUGGUCUGCCAGGAGGGAGGGGCGAUGCUGCGAUGUGGAUUUUACCGAAUUAAGUAAACUUGCGGUGUGCAUUUUCAAACAUUGGACUAUGCGGACAGUGACGCCGGCAAGGGAGUUUCUUACUCGCUUUAGAAUGACGUCACGCGAUCUCGAGCGUCCACCGUGAAGCAGACGGCGCUCCUCGACGGUUAAUGCACCCGCAUCAUUAACUAGGGCGGCCGCCGGACUCGGUGCCGUGAGCCACUGCAACGGGAAAGCAACAACGUGCUAGCGGCUCGGUGAAACGUUCCCCUUUGUCGCGAGGACCCUCUUUGAAAUGAAGCCUUGAGCAUCAACGAGGGGUUUCCGGGGGGGGGGGAAAUAAAUUAAGUGAUGUAUAUCAUGGGA